AUGGAGGAGGUGGCACAAGAGCUAGAAAAGUAUAAGACCAGCAUUGGGAGCGGUGCAAGAAAGGAUAAUGAAGAAGGUAUUGUGGAUGAUUUCUACACAGAACUUGAGAGAGUUUGUGAUAAAAUACCUAGGCAUGAUAUGAAAGUGGUUUUAGGUGAUUUCAAUGCAAAAAUAGGAAAAGAGGAGCAGAACAACAUGGUAGCAGGAAAGUGUGGUCUGCAUGAAGAAACUAGCUUGAAUGGAGAAAGAUUAUGCAUGUUUUCUGAAGCUCAGAGGCUGAUUGAGAGAGAGAUAGAAGAAAUAAUAAGGAAGAUGAGAAACAAUAAGUCCCCAGGAAGCGACACUAUAACAGCAGAGAUGCUGAAGUAUGGCGGAGAAGAGCUGUUAAAGGUUAUCCACGAACUUAUAUCGAAAGUGUGGGAACAAGAAAGAAUGCCAGAGGAGUGGAAGAAAGGACUGAUCAUACCUAUAUACAAGAAGGGGGACAGGAGAGAUUCUGCAAGAAGUCAGAGAGCUAUGUUGGAGAAGCUGGAAGAUAUUGAAAGAGCGGUGAGCAAAGUUGGAUUGACUAUUAACUGGGAAAAAACUAAGUACCUGAAAAUGACAAGAAUGGGACAAAGAGGAGUGGAUCUGGAGGUAAAUGAGUCGGUGAAGAAGGUUGCUGAGUGGACUCCUGGUAAUACAAGGCUCAAGGGAAGACCUCGGAUAAGAUGGAGAGACGAUGUGGUUGCUGACCUAAGAAAGAUUGGAGCAAGAAAUUGGAGAGAGGUCGUCGAGGACAGACCCCAAUGGAGACUACUGAUUCACCAGGCCAAGACCCAUGGAGGGUUGUAG